UUCAGAGCAGGGGCGGUCUUUGAAAAGUUUUCAGGAAGCUCUGUCACAAAACGAAACUGUCCUAACUUUGACGAGAGGACCGUCUCGUAGCAGUUUUUUUCAACUGUUCUCACUUUUUGGUGGAAAAUGCAGAGCAGUGCCUACGGGGCCUCAUUGGCUGGCGGUGCCUUUGAUUUAGAGAGUUUUAUCAAGCAGCCACAGACCAUUUUGCGCUGCCUGAGCUGGUUAUUUGCCAUAGUGGUCUUUGCAACCAUCACUGCAGAGGGCUAUGUUAACCCAGUGACCAAGCAAGACGUCAAGUGCAUGUUUAAUGAAAAUGACAGUGCCUGCAGCUAUGGGGUGGGAAUUGGAGUCUUGGCCUUCUUGGCUUGUGUGGUCUUCCUCAUACUGGAUGCCUACUUCCCACAAAUCAGCAAUGCCAAAGAGAGAAAAUACAUUGUUACUGCAGAUUUAGUCUUCUCAGCUGCCUGGACAUUCCUGUGGUUCAUCUGCUUCUGCGUUCUGGCCAACCAGUGGUCCAAAACCAGUAGCUCUUCUGUCACCGGUGAUGCUGCACGGGCUGUCAUUGCCUUCUCCUUCUUCUCAAUUAUCACCUGGGCUCUUCUUUCCUACUUUGCUUACGGACGGUAUCGCCAAGGCGUCAGUGACUUUGGCCAGGAGUACAGAGACCCUGCAAAUGACCAAUUCCCUCCUGCGUCAUAUCCCAGCAGCAGCGGCCCUCCAGGCUACCAGCAGUCGCCUUUCUCCCACGGCCAGGAUCAGCCAGGGGAGUACCAACCUCCAGCUUAUUGAUGGACUAAGAUUCAAACACAUGAAUCCAACAGGGAAGUUUUAAGGAAAGAUGCAUACCAACGGUUCUAUAUACAUCUUGAACUGUUCACUGCACUCCACAUUUCUUCCUGCAGAGCUUGUUUUGGGUGCACUGAUGGUUUUAUGUUUUUAAUGAGUCCAUUUCAUUUUUGGAGAUAGUUUGAUGGGAGUUUGCCAUGUUGCUUACACACAGCAGCUUUAAAGUGAUAUUUUAUGUUUGGAAGUGUUCCUGAUAAGAGAAAGUAGGAAUGUGCCAACAGGUUAUUUCAGUGCCCUUUUUUGGUUAAGUGAGCAUUUUAAUACCAUUUAUUUUGUUGCAGGGAAAUCUGCUUUAAAUUGCUAAGUUGGAUAGUUAAUUUUGAAUCUGUUACUGUUCAGUGCAUAUAAACACAUUGCCAUUACUUUCAGGUUCAUGUAAAACAGUGCAGGAUUGAUGCACUUAGGAAUGUUUUGUAAUUUGACCACAAAAAAUAUUUAAUCAGGGUGCAUUGAAUGUAUUCCCUUUUACUACUGUAAUGCAAAGUCAUUUUUCUUUUUAAUAAUCAACCACUGAAAAAAUGCUUUUAUGCACUGAAAAAAAGUGUGUUUCUUUGGGUAGUUGAUCGCCAAUAUCUGAUUGAAGAUAGUUAAUUUUAUUCUUUCAGUUCCUACUAGUUAAAUUUUUAUAUUUUAAAAAAGAUUUUGUUUAAGGUAGCCAAACCAUUUAUCUGUAUCAGCUACCUCUGUUGUAGGUCUAAGUGCCUUUCUUGAGUGCAGUUGACAGUUUAUUUUUAUCGGAAAUAUCCAAUUAUGCCAUAGACUUGUCAGAAAUUUGGAGACUUUGGGAUAAGAAAAAAACAUAUUUAUUGUCUGGACAAUCAAACCACACUUUUUCCUGUGUUACUUUCCAGCUGACUCCACUAUGAUCACACUGUAGUUCCUCCUUUUCCAUAUGUUGCAGUUUCACUGUUGUACUCAGUGGCUUUACAUGACUUCCCAUUUAAGUGCCUUUUACAGUAUUCUGUAUCACACAGGGUUUGCCAAAUAAAAAGACCUUUUUUUGUUUUAAA